AUGCUCAAAUUCAUAAUUUUUCGUAUAUCAUCUGCGCGCAUGCAAAUUGCUCUCUUUAUUUAAAUUAACUCCUUUUCCAUUUCUUCUUCCUUUCUAAAUCUUCAUAUCUCCACAUUCAAAACAGUCAAACAAUUUCACCUGCUUUUCAAAUCUGUUCCUUUGUUUCACACUCAAACAUCAUUCAAAAAAUUCAAAUUCCAGUUUCAUCAGUCUCCAUGCUCUGAUCAAGAAAAGCUCCCUUUUGUUUUAUAUAUAGAUUUCAAGAAUUAAUGGAUUCAAUCCCAACUCCAAGAAGAAGCAAAUUCGCAAAAACAUUUUCAAAAAUAACGAACCUCAAAAAAUCCACAAAGAAUCGCUCGAAUUCCGGAUUUUGCAUCCCGAUCACGGCGGAAAAGCUGCGAUGCUGCGAGUCGAAGCUGUUCGAUGAAGAAGCCAUGGCGGAGCUGCGAGACAGAGCCGCCAUGGAAGCUUUCGUGGCGAAGCUCUUCGCGGCGGUUUCCUCCGUGAAGGCAGCCUACGCCGCGCAGCAAAUGGCGCAGCUCCCUUACGACGACGCGGCCGUGCAGUCGGCGGAUCAAGCCGUCGUCGACGAGCUGCGCGCGGUGUCGGAGCUGAAACGGCGGUUUCUGAAGAACCAGAUUGAUUCGUCGCCGCCGCACGUGGUGGUGAUGCUGGCGGAGAUUCAGGAGCAGCAGUCGCUGAUGAAGACGUACGAGAUCACGAUGAGGAAAAUGCAGCGAGAGAUUGAUCACAAAUCGUCGCAGAUUUCUUCGCUGCGGGAGAAGUUGAAAGAGAUUAAUCGAAGCAAUAGAGUAAUGGAGAAGACGAUGAAUGCUACCGGAAAUUUCUCAGUUCUCGAAACGGUGUCGUUUCAUAAUUUGAGCGUUAAUGAUUUCGUCGUUGUGCUUAACUACGCGUUGAAAUCUGUCAGGCAUUUUGUCAAACAGAUGAUCCGCGAUAUGGAGUCCGCCAACUGGGAUAUCGACGCCGCCGUUAACGCGAUUCUCGGCGGCGUCAAAUUCAGCAAAAGGGAUCAUAGAGGCUUCGCGUUCGAAUCAUUUGUCUGUAGAGAGAUUUUCAGCGGCUUCGACGAUCCCAUUUUCGGAAUCGAGAGAAUCGAUUCCGAAAAGCAGGGACGCCGGAUUUUCUUCUUCGAGGAGUUCAAGAAAUUGAGGUCGGUCUCUGUGAGUCAUUUCGUCAAACACAAUCAGAGCUCGUUGUUCGGGAAAUUCUUGAAAUCUAGGUACCUUAAUUUCGUGCACCCGAAGAUGGAAUUUUCGUUUUGCGGCAAUUUGAACCAGAGGAAAACGGUGAACGCCGGCGAGUUGCCGGAAACAGAAUUCUUCAAGAUGUUUGCUGAAAUGUCGAGGAGAGUUUGGCUGCUACAUUGUUUGGCGUUUUCUUUUGAUGGUGACGUGGGGAUAUUUCGAGUAGAGAAAGAUUCGCGGUUUUCUGAGGUGUAUAUGGAAAACGUCUCCGACGAUGUAUUCGCGGCGGCGGGCGGAGGUUUGAGGGUGGCGCUCACGGUGGUGCCCGGGUUUCAGUUCCGGCACACGGUGGUGCAAAGCAAGGUGUAUUUAAUUCCGUCGAAAUGUUAGCAGGUUAAAAGGUCAAAUAAAUUACGAGGAAUAGGCUUCGUUGGGGAUGGCGGCGGAGGAGUCGGGACGAUGGCGGCGGCGCGUGGAGAUGCAACCAUUAUAUGGUAUGAGAAAGUGGGACGAGAGAGAGAGAGAAUGAAGAGUUGUUUGGGCCCACCCCACACGUUAAGAGAAUUCAUGAAUUGAGGAAACCAACUCCAUUUUCGGAAGAUAAGCUGUCAUCGGCCGUCGGAAAAAUGUAUUUUAAAUUAGGCGGCGGCGCGACGGCGGGAAAAGUGGGAAACUUGCGUUAACUCUGUUUCUGAUAAGCUAUAGAAUAUAGUGAUCGUACCUUUACAUGGCUCGCCUUUAUUUUUCAUUUUGUAGAUUGAAACAACACAAUUUCAUCAAUAUUGUUACUUUUGCUCUUUUA